AUGUACAGUAUGGCACAAACGUGGGUAUCAGGCGUCAUGGAAUCUCUCUCUGGGACUAACAAUAUCAGCAGGCAUUCUCCUCGUCAGGUAGCCAUCGUCGGAGGCGGAAUAGCUGGCCUUUAUGCUGGCCUCCUUCUCCAAUCCAAAGGGGUAGCUGUCCACAUUUUCGAGGCCAAUGAUAGGGUUGGCGGCCGAGUCUGGACUUACAGAUUCAACGAUGACAAGGAACAAUUCUUCGAGGCUGGCGCAAUGCGUAUUCCUAAAUCUCCCAUUCACCGACCAGUUCUUGACAUAAUCUCGUUUGUCAACUCGCGACUUGGAUCUAAACAUGUUGAAACCGUGCCCUAUAUUCUCCACUCGACGGGCAAUCGUGUAUACGUCAAUGAUCGACGCCGAGACGACGGCAGCAAUUUCUCCUUGUCGGACCUCAAUUCCCUGACCGCACACCGGCUGGGGUUCGACUUGCCGCAACCAUAUACUAAUAUGACUGCCACUGGGCUCUUGGAACCCAUUAUACAGCCCUUCGUCAAGGCCCUUCAGAACGAUUUCACGAUUGGUUAUAACGAGAUCAUGAAAUACGACGACCUGUCCUUCCGUAUGUACCUCAGGUCCGCCGCUCAAUGGCCCCCAGAAGUCAUCGACUUCGUUGAGCUUAUGCUCUCCCAAAGCAACCAGUACUCCUUAGGCUUUACCGAAGUAAUUCUUCAGAACAUGGACUUCUCCACGCGAGAGUGGUUUACCAUCAAAGACGGCAUGGACAGGCUUCCUAACGCCAUGGCACGAAUAAUUGGGCCCCAGAACAUCACACUCAACGCCAGAGUCCGCGGCUUCGCUGAACUUCCUAGCGGUGGUAUAACUAUAAAUUUCGACAGCUCCGCCGCCGCCAACCCCAUGGAUACAGUCUUCGACAACGUCAUCCUGGCACUUCCACCUGCAGCAAUCCGUAGCAUGCUUACUCACCGGCCGAGAUGGUCGCCUACCAAAGAGGCCGCUAUACGUGCCGUUCAUUUUGAACCACUGUUCAAACUCGGACUUCGCUUCAAAACGCGCUUUUGGGAGCGCGUUCACCGCCCGUCGUUUGGGGGACAAUCCAUCACGGACCUUCCUAGCCGCUGGGUCGUCUACCCUUCCAAUGGGAUGGGCACUCAGGGGCCCGGCGUACUGUUGACCUACUCGUGGAUGACAGACGCGAAUACAUGGCUACCACUGUCGGAUGAGGACCGGAUUGAUUUGGCGUUGAGGGAUCUUGCCAAACUCUACCUCAAAGAAAUCAACGUCUACGACGAGUUCAUUGAGGGAAAGGCGAUAUGCUGGUCGAGCAACUGGUCCUGUGGGGAUGCCAUGUUUCUUCCUGGGCAACAUACAGCGUAUGCAAGGGUUCUAGCAACGCAUGAGCGUGGCGUUUACUUUGCUGGUGAACAUCUCUCUCGCCAUCACACAUGGAUAGUUGGGGCGAUUGACUCGGCUUUGAACACUGUCCGUGAUAUGUUGAAUGACCAAAGCUUGUCUUUUUUGUCGUAG